AUGGGAAGGCUGUCCGAGAUCUACCAGGGAGUGCGCGAGGACGCAAGCGACUGCUGGUCCGCGCUCUGCGGGUUCCACUUCACCCACCUAUUUGACCGGCCCAGACACUACAAUGAGAGCAGCAAUGAUAGCCAGGGAAGCGGUGGGGAUGUGGUAGUGCCUGAAGAAUGGACUGGCCUUGACGGGCAGGGGGCUAAAUGGCAGCCGCUGGUAACGGUGCAGCCGCAGCCUGAACCGCAGCCAGAGUCGGGUAGGUUGUUGCAGGAUUUACAGGUGCAGAAGUAG